AUGUCGAGGGAGGAGGCCGAGAGAGCCAAUGUUUACCCUUUUUUCCCCACAGCGCGACAAGUGCCGAUGCACUUCCACUAUCAACAUCUUCACCUCCACCACCAGCAGCUCCUCCAGUACCACCAGCAACAGCUCCUACGCCAGCAACUCCUGCACCACCACUGCAACGAGGACGGCUACUGUGACUUCCAGCAGCCGCCGCCACCAGAUUUUCUCCAGCCCCGAAUCUUCCAUCCCAUCCCGGUAUACAACGAGUACGUUGUCCACCAUCCCAUCAUGUGCGACAUGAGGGAUGAGAUGGUUGAGUUCCAGAAGCUGUCCAACGAGUACGAGCCGGACUUGCAGUCGCUGGCGCAAACUCACUCCCACUAUCGCAUUAUGAAAGGAGACGGCAAUUCUGUGGCCUUUGGCUACUUUGAAAACUUGUUUGCGCUGCAAGACGAGGCAAAGGUUGUCCAGGAGUUGGCUCGCAUUAAGAGCUUUAACAGGAUGUUCGACGCCGUGGGGCAGCAGGAGCAUCUGUACGAGAUUUUUGUCGAUGCCACAGAAGAGCUCUUGAACCAUAUGAUCGAGCAUAUCGCGGGCGACAACCCGGACGACAUGUUCAUCCUUGAAACAUUCAAUGACGAGUGGAACUCUAAUGCCAUAAUCACACAUUUUAGGUUGAUGACGAGCGCCUGGAUGCAGCUCAACAGUGAGAGAUACGAAGCUUUUCUCUCCGUCCCCAUUGAGCAGUACUGCUCAAGAACAAUUGAUACCGUGAGGACGGAGAUCGAUGAAAUCGGUCUCCAGGCUCUGGUUGACGGUGUCAUCGAAGCAUCUGGAUUUGAUGUCCAGAUUCUCUACCUUGACCGCAGCCAAGGUGACGAAGUCAACGCGCAUCAACUUACGUCCCAACGCAACGGAUCCCUUGGAACCAUCAAGUUGCUAUACCGACCUUCUGGCUCACCAACUCCCGUAAACUGCCAUCUCCCCUUAGACCAGGCAUCUGAGCCUCAAGAUCACUCCGCAUACGAGUAUGAGUACCUAUACCCUAUCCAUCCGGAACAUCCCCCAGCCGAGAUGAUACCACACCACACGGUCCCCCUCCCUGAACCCAUUCAGCCAGAAGUCGCAACGAUCAACCUCCCGCCCCGUCCCCCUCCUACGGAAGAUAGGUCCUCUGAAUUAUUGAUUCGAAUGAACCCGUUGGUCGAUCCAGACAUGAACUGUUUACCUCUCACCAUCCCAUUCCGAAACUCUCACUUCAACCAAGCUCACUUCCAAAACUCCGAGUUCCAGCCAUCGCAAUGGGACCCAAGUGAGAUCAACAAAAGAGAAAAGAAGCCUUCCAGUCGCUCAGGAUCUUCGUCUGAGUAA